UUAUAAUCUAUGGAUUGUAAGCGACAAGCGUGCGGUUUUGCAAUUUGUAGUGUUUCACGAAAAAUCUUCCAUUUAAUUUCGAAAAUGUAGAAACAAAUAAGUCAUGAUAGUGAGAUAUAACCGUUAAUUAAGUUAUAAGUGCUUGCUAUUUGUCAUUUUAAUGUGCAAAUCGUCGAAAAUGGUUUCGGGCAGCACGAGGGUGAUUCAAGUCACCAACAUCGCGCCCCAGGCCACUAAAGAUCAGAUGCAAACACUCUUUGGGUAUCUUGGAAAGAUAGACGACAUCAGACUGUACCCUACCAUCAGGGAUGUAUCCUGUCCGGUACAAUCCCGGAUAUGUUAUGUAAAAUAUUACGAUUCGGCAACUGUCAACGUAGCCCAGCACAUGACCAACACAGUGUUCAUUGACCGGGCAUUAAUCGUUAUCCCCAUGCAAUCUGGAGAGAUUCCCGAUGAGCAUAAAGCCCUGGAAAUGUCGAGCAAUGGAACAUUAGUGCCAGGAUUAAGCACUGUUGAACCUCGUCUACCGGCGCAUGUUGUGAACACCUUGGAAGGAGUUCCUCCAAGCCAGGUGAUCCAAACUCAUGAUCCUAAGUUAGUGGCGGCUGGGCUGCCCCCUUACCCGCCUUUGCCGGCGGCUUACGACUCCAGGAAAAUAGAAGAAAUAAGAAGAACAGUUCUAGUUGGUGAUGUCGACAAUUUGACAUCCCAGCAUCUUAUAGACCACUUUUGUCACGCUGGUGAAGUUAAAUAUAUGAGGUUCUGUGACCGAGAUGCUGACAAACAAAGAUACGCGCUGAUUGAGAUGACUGAGCAGGAGUCUGUCCUAAAAGCUCUGCAGUUAAAUGGUAGCAUUGUGGAGGGACAAGCCAUCAAGGUGCUGCAUGCCACUCAAGCCAUAUGUAAGCCUCAAACUAAGAGUAAUGAAGCGGCCCAGAGGGAGAUUGAAGAAGCAAUGUGUAGAGUGAAAGAGGCACAGAACUUGAUAUCUGCAGCCAUUGAUCCUGUUAUAGGACUCCUCUCUAAAGAUAAAAGGAGGACACGGUCCCGGUCUCGCUCGCGGAGGCGGUCUCGGUCCCGCUCGCGCCGUUCCCGGUCUCGCCACCGUUCCAAACGGUCUCGCUCGCGGUCCCGACAUCGAUCUCGCCGCUCUCGGUCGCAUCAGAAACAUCGCUCCAGGUCUCGGUCUCGUCACCGUAGUUCGCGACGUUCCCGCUCGAGGUCACGUCACCGCAGCUCGCGCUCGAAGCGCGACCGCUCGCGGGACAAAGAUAAGGAUCGCGAUCGCAAGGAUAAGAAGGACUCAAGCGAUAAGGAUAAAAAGGAUAAGUCUAAGUCACCGCCCCCUAAAGAAAUCGAAAAAGAGGAGAAGGAGGAAAUCAAACAAACCGUGCUAGAAGUUGUGGAAACUAAUGGUAACUCAGAAAAGUCCAAAGCUUCGACACCGGCCGACGAUAAACCAGAAAAGGAUGUAGAAAAGGAAAAAGACAGAUCACCCUCUAAGAAACGGGACCGGUCCAAGUCGCGAGACAGGAAACGUGAUCGCUCCAGAUCCCGACGUAGAUCUCGCUCGCGAUCGCGCAGGAAGCGCUCGCGAUCCCGGAGGCGAUCUCGUUCUAAGGAGAGAAAGAGGUCUCGUUCCAGGAAGAGGACCAGGUCCCGAGACCGGAAGCGCUCCCGAUCACGCGAUCGAAAGAGGUCGCGGUCUAGAGAUAGAAAACGUUCUAGGUCCAGGGAUAAAAAGCGUUCGCGGUCUCGUGAUCGUAAACGCUCUCGCUCUAGCAGUCGACGUUCCAAGAGUCGCUCCCACAGAGACUCUAAAACGCCUCACGAACGUAAAUCUCGGGACCAAACUCCCAAUCUUUCUGUUAUAGAAGAAAAGGACAUUUCUUCUAUUGAAAAUAAAAUCCCUGAUGUAUGUGAUGAAAAGAAUUCUCCAGAUAACAUGGACAUUUCCAACUCGCCGUAGAACGAUCAAGCGACCACGUAAAAUACUUGUAUGAAGUAAUAUCUUGUGUAACUAAUAAAAUGCUUCUUAUUUUGUUGUAUAUUUAGUAAUUACCAAUUUUUCUAAGCUGAAAGUACAUAAUUUCAAAUAACUUUGUAUUAUUUAUUUUCCUCACAUUUCUCAGUAGUAAUUUAUACACAAGGUAAUGAAUUCAUAUUUUUAUAAAUUCGGUUAAAACCUUUUUUUGUCAUAAUUCAUGUGUUUUAGUAAUGGAUAAGAUUAUUUUAAGGAACAAUAAACAAUGAUCCAAAUCA